AUGCAGCGACGGUGUGCGUAUGUGCUGAUCCUGGUGCUGGCUCUGGCCGUCUUCUCUGAAGCUUCUUGGAAGCCCCACUCCCACCUGCAAGAUGCACCCUUGGGUCCAGGGGCCAAUAGGGGCCAGGAGCCACGUGGGCUGGACCAGCUGGGCCCAGCCUCUCACCACCGAAGGCAGCUGGGGCUCCAGGAUCCCUCACACUUGGUAGCAGACCUGUCCAAGAAGCAGGGACCAUGGGUGGAAGAAGACGAAGAAGCAUAUGGAUGGAUGGACUUCGGCCGCCGCAGUGCCGAGGAAGGGGACCUACGUCCCUAG